CGACACCGGAGGAUUGUUGUCAUUUCUCUGUGGCUAGCCUUUAGCGCUAGCUAGCCGUUCGAGUUUCUCGUCUAACGUACUUUGAUCCAGCAGGAUGUUAUCAUGGAGUGUGGCCCAGUCCUGCCAGACAGCCUGGUGUUGGAGAUCUUCCUGCGUCUGCCCCACGAUGCCGUGCUGAGAGCUGGUCUGACCUGCAGACAGUGGCUGGCUGUCUCCAGAGAUGAGUUCCUGUGGAGGGAGCUGUUCUACAGCUACUACCGCAUCCCCCGCUCUGUCCCACGACACCCAUCGGCUGUGUCGUGGCACAGGGAGUUCAAGCGUCUGUUUGACUGUAUCCCCUGUGUGGAGGUUCAGACACUGAGAGAGCACAGUGACCAAGUCCUCCACUUGGCUUUCUCUCACAGGGGUCACCGGUUCUCCUCCUGCUCCAAAGACUGCACUGUCAAGCUGUGGGACACGGAGCGGCCAGAUGGUAAUAUCUCAUUGGUGCACAGCUCCAGCAUGCGGCAGUUCAACUGGGGCUACACCCAGUUCUCCCAGUUCAAUGCUGACGACAGCCUGCUGCUUGUGUCUGGUGUUUACUUGGGCCCACACCACUCCUCUUCUGGGGAAAUUGCCGUCAUCAGUCUGGAAAAUUACACCCUGUUGUCACGUGUGAGGAACAAACCAUACGAUGUAUUCGGCUGCUGGCUAAAUGAGACCCACCUGAUCUCUGGGAACCUUCACUGGAUAGGCAACAUGACGUCCUGUUCUGUGCUCUGGCUCAAUAAAGCCUUCCAGGAUAUUGAAUCAGAAAAUGUCAACGUGGUCAAGCGCCUUUUCCAGAUCCAGAACAUCAAUGCCAGCACCAUCCGCACAGUGAUGGUGGCCCACUGCCGUCGCCAUGACAACCCGGACUUGGUGCUGGACUACGAGGCCCAGUCUCAGGCUCAAAGGCAGAAAGGGCAGCAGCAGCAUCACCAGCCCCUCCUCUUUGACCUGGGAACCUCCGGCAGUGAGGAGGAAGACGAGGAAGAGGACGAGGACGAGUGUCGGAGGGAAGCGAGGUGUCACGGCCUCCCCACUGCCCGCCACCCCCAGCCGACCUUGGAGCAUGUCAUACAGAGUCGUAAAAAAGUAGGGCCCAGGGAACUGGAGAUUGAGACUCAGGUGGCCCAGAUGAUGGGCAGAGCACAUACAAAAGCACCUGACUCCAGCCUCAUUGAGCCCUCUGAGUCCGGGGAAGGGGAAGACAAAACUUACUUACUCUUCACCACCGGCAGCCUUACGUACUCCCCUCACCAGAUAGGUAUUAAGAGGAUCAAGCCUGACCAGAUGACGACUUGUGGUCCCGUCCUGGGUGAAGAGCGGAGUCCGGAUGAGUUUUUUGAUUCCCUGGACCACGUCAUUGAUAUCCAUGGACACAUUAUUGGCAUGGGCCUUUCUCCAGACCACAGGUACCUCUAUGUGAACAGCCGGGCUUGGCCAGCGGGAUGCGUGAUCUCUGACCCCAUGUCUCCGCCUCCCAUUGCCGAGGAGAUAGACCUGCAUGUCAUCGAUCUUAAGAGCUUGAGGGAGGAGAGAAGGAGUCUGCGCGCUCACCGAGCCUUCACGCCUAAUGACGAGUGCUUCUUUAUCUUCCUCGAUGUCAGCAGAGACUUUGUUGCCAGCGGAGCUGAAGACAAGCACGGCUACAUUUGGGACCGACACUACAACAUCUGUCUGGCACGUCUGGCACACGACGACGUGGUGAACUCUGUGGCGUUCAGCCCCGCUGACCAGGAGCUACUGCUGUCCGCCAGCGAUGACUCUACCAUUAAGGUGUGGCGGUCACCGCGCAUGGUCCGCCUAGCGCAGGCCCCUGCCCGGCCACCGAGGUCCCGCAACUUUCUGUCUUCCUGGCUGAGCCGCAGCAAGAGCUCCACGUCUGCCAGCAGUGUCAAUGGAAAACCAUGAGUCAGGUUGGAAAACACUCAGAGUGGGCGGGAGCGGGGAGAGGAAAGUUUGAUCUUUUUCCUCUGUGGUGUGAAUAUAUAUACACUCCAUGUAUAUGUACAGCGUGGUUACAGUCAGUGGUUUUGCUUGAGCUCACGGUGUUGUGACCCACAGCAGUGCCCUGUGUCUUCAGCUGACAGGAGACGUGUCUCCUGUGUUUCCAGGUGUGACUCAGGCUUAGACACAAAGGUGGCGCCGUUGCGCCAACAGAGGACAGAUUCUGUGUUGCAAUGAAAUGCUCUCACAGCUAGAGAUAGCAUGCUGCUCACACCUACAUGCACAAGACAGAUGUUUAGACCUGUUCCAAGACAUGGUUUGUGUCUCUUUUUAUCUGUAAUGUUGCGUGUGAACAGGACACCUGGACCUGAGGUGUAAAUGUACUGCAGAGGUGGCACGUUAUGAUCGAGGUUGUCAUGUCCUGCUCAUCAGAGAUGAAGUGCUGUACCUGAAAUUUAUUUCAGAACAUUUGUUUUCCUUCUUAAUGGAUAUAUCCAGUUGAUGUCUUGAGUAUAAACACCAUAUAAACCCAGUUUUUAGAGAAUUAUAAAACCGUUUAAAACCAAAAGGGAAAAAGACAGUGAGCUGCAUACGUUGCAGUCUGCCUUGGUUUUUAAUGACUUCCCAUCCUAUUAUUUUCUUGUACCCCAGAAAUGAUCCAUCACUGUUCUAUUAAACGUAGAAUUAUUGAGUAAUUUAAUCUAGAAGAUUUGUUGAGGAACAGUUAGCGUUAAGCAUGACUGUGAGCAAAAGUUGUUUGUGUAGCUAAUGUUUGUUGAGCCUAUAUUAUAUAGAACUGUAUUUAAACACCUUCAUUCAUCAGUAACAAAUAGACACCUUUUAAUUUUGUCACAACUGUCUGACACAUCAGGAUAAAACUCAGAAAUGGAUGUCUUCUGGACUUUCUUUUCAUUAAAAAAUGUAUUUUCUUUCCUCAUAACUACACGUGACAGACAAUUUGUUUUGUUUCCAAGAAGAACUUUCUCGCUUCAUGCCCAUAAGCACAACAUAGAGUAUGGGGGAUGUAGAUAUAUAGGAAACUUUGGAGGGGUGUGUGUGUGUGUGUGUGUG